UUCCCUUCCUUCAUGUGCUGUGUAUCUUUUUUGUAGUAUUUCUUUUCACUAUACCCCGUACUACUUUUCCGCCCCGCGGUUUGCUCAAGCUGCGGACACGUUAGCCAGAUUUUUUUAGUGCUGGCUUUUCCAUACUAAUUUUUCACUACUUCGUCCUCCCCCUCAAACGCACAACCGACAACCGACAAGCUUUCAAAGUGCUCACGGAAAACAAUCAAGAUGGGCGCGCUCUACUAUUUACUGCAUCCGGCCCAAUUGCGGUCCAUGAUUCAAUGGAAGCUAUGGCACGACCCAGUUCACAGACGCGACCCCUCGACCGAGUGCGAGACAUUAUCAGAAUGCUUUCGCUAUUUGAACUUGACGAGCCGUAGUUUCUCGGCCGUCAUUCAAGAACUCAACCACGAGCUUUUGGUCCCAAUCACCCUCUUCUACUUGGUGCUACGUGGCCUCGACACAAUUGAGGAUGAUAUGACCAUCCCCCUCGACGUCAAGGUCCCUAUGCUACGACAGUUCCAUGUGACAAUGGAGCAGGAUGGCUGGCAGUACCACGACAGCAAAGAGAAGGACGCAGAGCUUCUAGAGCACUUUGAUGUCGUGAUUACCGAGCUCAAGAAGCUCAAGAAGCCUUACUACGAGAUUAUCAAGGACAUGACCAUUAAGAUGGGUAACGGCAUGGCUGAUUACGCUCAAAACACUGAAAUGAUUGAAAAUGGUGUACAGACCAUUGAAGAAUAUGAGCUGUACUGCCACUACGUUGCGGGGCUGGUCGGCGAAGGCCUGACGCGGCUAUUUGUGGCUUCUGAGCUCGCCAACCCCAAGCUGGCUGAGAGGCCCGCCCUGACCGAGUCCAUGGGUCAGUUCCUGCAGAAAACGAACAUCAUCCGUGAUAUCCAUGAGGAUUGGGGCGACCGCCGACGGUGGUAUCCAAAGGAGAUUUGGAGCAAACACGUUGACAAAUGGGAAGACCUGUUUGAUCCCAAGUAUCUACCACAGGCGAUCAAUUGCGUAUCAGAAAUGGUACUUGAUGCGCUGAAGCAUGUCGAAGACUGUCUGUUUUAUAUGGCCGGCAUGAGGGAUCAAAGCGCUUUCAACUUUGUCGCCAUUCCGCAGGGCAUGGCCAUUGCCACUCUGGAACUAUGCUUCAGGAACCCGGCCGUGCUGCAAAGCCACAUCAAGAUCACCAAGGGAGAUGCUUGCCAAAUCAUGUUGGAGAGCACACAGAACCUCCAGAUGCUUUGUGAGGUUUUCCGAAGAUAUGCCAGGCGCAUUCAAAAGAAGAAUGACCCUCGGGAUCCCAACUUUUUGGCAAUUAGCGUACAGUGUGCCAAGAUUGAGCAAUUCAUUGAGACAUUGUUCCCAAAGCAAGAUUCCAAGAAGCUCACCAAGGAGGCUCAGGAGAAGCAGAGACAGGAACCCGGCAUGUCCACCGGCGAAACUGCCAUCUUGAUUGCUGUCGUUCUCGGUGUUUUGCUGACCAUGACGGGCGUUAUGCUUGGCAUCGCUUGGUUUCUCGGUGCGAGAUUUGACGGCACAUUUUCUGAUACUGCCAAACUAUGGUCGGGUGCUGGCGGCGCGCCUCCAGUAUUAGACCGUGAUGAAUUGUAACGACACUACUAACCUACUUAUUGAUGAUACCACCCGACUGCGAUGCCUUGAUGCUUUCAUGCACUACAGAUCUUGGCCCAUGAUAUCUGCCAAGCAUACACAAUGUAUACCUACUUACUAUCUUAAUUAAUAUCUUUAAUGCUAGAUCAAGCAGGAAUCUUGCUUCCUACUUGAUUGUUAACCACAGGUGCUGUAUACUGAAAGCAGCGUGUUUCCUCGUCCUUUUCUUGCUCUCCCCUUCUAUCUACAACUAGCACGGAUGUCAAAUUGCAAUUCAGUCCUUCCAUGACUGUGGUUGUGCCGAAGAAGUGCUGAUAUCAACCCUUUCCAUUGCUUUUAGUCGCUUUAACUAGCUAGACGCAGCGUAAAUCCCCAACCUUGGGUUUUGACGAGGUUGGAUUUGCGCGGGCAAGCAAACAUGCCCAUAUUUCAAGCAUCGCUUUGCGAUAUUAAUAUCAUAACAAUAAAACUGUGCGCGUUGAGCAUUUCCAUGUUUAUUUCGAAUAUAGCACUUCAAAACUGUAUUUAUCUAUCAAUAUAUGAGUGCCAAUAUGUCUUGACUAUUUCCGUUACUAAAUGUUCACGCCUUCAAUAGUCUCAUGAAUAUGACCAAUAAUCAAGGCAACGUUCUUUAUUAUAUUUACAUGUAUUCGAUUUGCUGCGCUGCUCACAAUACCGCAAGCUAAUUAAUACCUCUCGGGCAGAUACCAUCCCAUUGUUUCCAAGGCUCCUCUUUCUCUAUCUCGUGGAAAAAAAUUAUGUCUAUGAAAUCGCAAGAGAUAAAAUUUCAAAUUUCAAUGCGCUUUUUCUAUUUCUUCUUCUUCUGAGUCUGUCACUUCAACGACUGGAUAAGGGGAACACAGUCAAAUGAUUUACAGUUCACCGUUGUUGGCGAUGAGGUUGGUGGUUCCGGCAACGUUCUGCUGGACCGAGGCACCAGUGGCAGUGGCGAGGUUCUUGAUGAGGGUGGUGACGUCGUCAACAUUGGUGAGGCCCUUGAGAGCCAUCAAGUAGGCGGCGAGACCGGCAACGUGAGGAGUGGC